AUGCCAAAAUUAGAGAGUGCUGCUGAUGUCCUCUGCCUCUCCGAGCCUGACUCUCUGCUGGACCAUAUCAUCUCUGUAGCCAUGCUCUCCGUCCCCUCGCAGACCAGCAGCUCGCGACCAAGACGAGCAUGCGAGCAAUCACCAUCGUCGCGUUCGCCUCCAUCCUCCUCUCUGUCCUUGCACAACGAGGUACGGGACCGCCUUCAGCUCAAGAUGAACAAUGAGCUCAAACAGAUGUCUUCGUGUACAGGCGGAGUCGGAGUCGGCCAGCUGAUCCAAUCGUGGCUCGGCCGCGAUAACAAGCUCGCAACGCGCCCCAAAUCAGUCGUCAGCGCCCUCCUCACUGCACCGGCGCCCAGACCAGCUUCACUCACCUCCCUUGCAUCUGUACAACAACCUUCUCGCGGGCCUGCACAAAGUGAUGACAAUUCGGGCGCCGUGUCGGCUCGAGUGCCUGUUGGCAAACAAGCCUCUCCGGUCAAAAGCGUGAAGGCGACGAGACCGGAUAGGCUCGCUGCUAAGGAUCCAGCACGACUUGCUUCGAAAACAUCCCCACAGCCUGCAGCGAGCGUAUCUUCUUCGGAUGGCGAUGCAGAUGACGAUGCUCCGCUCACGCCACAAGAUCGCGCGCUUGCACGCGCUGUCGAAGCAUACUCGGACGGCCAAUCUGGUUCGGCACGUCAGCUUGCAAGAGUCCUGAAGCAGCAGGUGCUCGCAGCCUCGAAAGACUCGGUCGGCAAAUCUCGAGCUCUGCAAGAUGCAGGCGUGGUCCAGGACGAGAUCAAGAAGCGCUACAGAAUCGCGGCAUCGUAUAUCGGUCAGGGGCUCCAGGCUGGCAUGUCAUCGUUCGGCAGUCAGCAGAUCAGAACGCUCGCGGAUGCUGUCAGAGCAGCUGCGUAG